UGUAUCUGAUUAUGGAUCAAAAGGCCAGGUAUCGUCUCUUUCUUAUGGGUUUGCAGCCAUGACUGACGAGGGCAUUGGCUCCUGGUUGAGCUCACAGGGGCCAACGGAGAGCUGGGAUCCAGUUGGAUGACGUGCAGGGGUGUGUUGUGGUCUGCUUCUGAGAACUGGCUUUGGGAAACAGGGUUAUCUGCAGCUGAUAAGGGCUGCAUUUAAAAGGUCGUGUUUGGAUGAAACUUGGCUUGCCUCAUUGCAGCUGCAGGAAGAGACACACGACUUUGAAGAACCAUGCUGCUCAUCGUGGUCACCGUAUCUGUUGCCAGUGUGUUUUUUGCUUCUGGAGUUUCCAGCAUGCCCCUCUCAGAUCAUGGACCCCACAUCACUCACAGCUGGAGCCAAGUGGUCCGCCUCCGGCAUCUGUACGCUGUCAAGCCGGGACAACACGUCCAGAUCAGAGAAGAUGGACACAUCCACGGUUCUGCAGAACAAACUCUCAACAGCCUGCUGGAGAUCAGUCCGGUUGCUCCAGGGCGGGUGGUCUUCAGAGGAGUUGCAACCUCAAGAUUUCUGUGCAUGGAGAGCGACGGCAGACUGUUCUCCUCUCACUCCUUUGACAAGGAUAAUUGCAUCUUCAGAGAGCAGAUCUUGGCAGAUGGGUACAACAUCUACAUUUCAGACCAGCAUGGAACCCUGCUCAGUCUGGGAAACCACCGGCAAAGGCAGCAGGGCUUAGACCGGGACGUUCCAGCCCUGGCUCAGUUCCUCCCCAGGAUCAGCACCCUGCAGCAGACCCUGUACCCAGCGCCAGCCGUCCCCCACCAGCUGCGAGCAAUGCAAACAGAGAAGACUCUAGAUGCCAUGGACUCAUUUGGGCAACUCUCUAAAAUCAUUCACAGUCCCAGCUUCAACAAAAGAUGAGGCAGAACAUCUCAGACGGCUGCCAAGAAUGGUACCUGGGGUUAAACCUGCACCCUCCCUGUCCAAUCAGGGCCCAACUCAAGUUGUAGUGAGCCAGCGGGAACUGCAAGUCCACUGCAAUUUUCCAGUUAAACGAGACAGACUGCCAGUGCAGUGUUCUACAGAGAGGAGGCAGACACCUGGAAACAAAGUGUUACGGUGGAUCCAGCCCCUCUCUCCAGAAAACAAUCACUCUGCACACUGGAGAGAAGGUCAUGCCUCCGUACAGGAUGAAGAAGAAGUCUCGGUCUGUGUGCACAUGGUUGUGUGUUUGUGUCUGUCUUAACAAACUGUUCGAGCAAAACAUCUAACUUAGAAAUGACAGAUUUUUGUUGAAAUCAUUUUAGAUCAAAAAUGUCUUUGGAAUUGCAGAAAACACUUACAAUGGAUGACCUGUAGAACCUUUCAUUUCUGCUUCUCGGACAAAGGCAAAGAAAAAUUUUUUUUGGGGGGGGGGGAUUCACUGAGAAAAUGUGCUAGACCAGACUACUGAUAAGAACUCCAAGGAAUCAAUCUGAUGACUCGUGGUAAAGUCCUGAAUGAACGGAAAAAAACAAGUCUGUCUUCUGUGAUGUGAGACAUGAAACAGACAUGUUGUAAUCCAGGCUGCAAACUCAGUGUGGUCCUUAAAGAUGAUUAUUUUUGUCUCAGUUCAUCUGAUGAUGCUAGUUUUUUCUUAUAUGUCUUCGAGCCCAAAACUUGGAUUUCAUAUCUGCUUCACAAGUGUCGAAGGCCUGACAAUGAAUGUUUCUGAUGAAAGCCUUCUACUCUCCCACACCGACGGCCACAUUGUUUGCACCAAAAAAGAGAUCCAAUAUUCAUAACAUUUGCCUUUGUCAAUGAAUAUGAAAAUGUAAAAAAACAUGUGUUACAAUCUAGAAUGUUGAAGUGAGAGCCUUGCAACACAACUAAAGUCAAAUUCUUAACUUUUUGACAGUAUAUUGUGCUAUGUUCUGCCACUAAUCUAUUUUUAAUCCAAUAAACUACAAAUUUAAUUGAAAUGGUACAUUUAAA